AACAGGAACAAAAUGGCUGCGACUGGAGACGAAGCCGCAGUCAUGGACAGCAUCUCCAGGGAACCCGCCUCGUUCUCGGAGGCUCUGAACACGACCCCGAGCAGCAGCGGCGGCCAGGCCGAGCCGGCGGAGCUGCCUCCGGAGAUUCUGCUGGCCAAGAAGCCCGGAGCUAACGGUGACGGCGUGGAGACUGCAGAGGAGGCUGUGGAGCCGGCCGAGCCCGACAUCAAUGAGCUGUGCUCAGAUAUGUUUGGGAAGAUGUCCAUCUUCCUGCAAGGAGAACUAACAGCAACUUGCGAAGAUUACCGGCUACUGGAGAACAUGAACAAGCUUACGAGUCUCAAAUACAUGGAAAUGAAGGACAUUAGCAUCAACAUCAGCCGUAACUUGCAGGAUCUCAACAAUAAGUAUGCGAGCCUGCAGCCGUACUUGGAUCAGAUAAAUAAGAUUGAGGAGCAAGUAUCAUCACUAGAACAAGCUGCUUACAAACUGGAUGCUUACUCCAAAAAACUGGAAGCCAGAUUCAAAAAGCUGGAAAAGCGAUGAUGAAGAGGAGGCAGACUGGGAGUUGCAGUGCCAUCUCACCCUCUUUGACCCUGCCCUGCCUCUGCUCUCCCUGCCAGCAGAGCUGCGGGGAGGAUGUGGACUGAGACUGAAACAACAAACAGCCAGAGCUGCUUCGGCACCUUGAAAGUGCCGUGGAGGAAGCAGCUGAAUGCACAGGAACGAACACUACUGUGUCUGGCAUACAUUUGACUUCAGCGAUAAUAAUGUCGGUCAUGCAAACAAGCUGUACAAGAUAUUUCCCCUUAAUCGUUUUGAAAUUAUUUUUAUUGUAACAAUCAGACUCCAGAAUCAGCGGCCUAUUCUGAGUGAUGGACUGGAGACGCACUAAUCAGAGAGAAACUAAGAAGUUAUGUGGACGCUUGUAUCAAUGAAGUAUAAAACAUUUUUCACUCACUUUUUAAACCACAAUGAAACUUUUUAAUCGUGUCUUAGACUUCUAAAUCUCCUUAUUUAAAUAUUACAAGCACUGACCUCCUUCCACUCUGCACUGAGAUACACCUACAUGCUUUUUGAUGUGUUCCUUGUCAGACAGUUUGAACAGAGCCCAAAACGACACAGCUUUUGUGCGGAGGGCAGAUAUCAGCAACGCCGUCUCUGGAGAGUGGCCUGAAAGUCUGGAGACUAAAUGCAAAUAAGAAUUAAGAAUUAUGGUAUUGUGUCCAUUUGAAAAUGCAACACUGCAAGCUUUAAAAAAAAAAAAUAAAAGGUCAACAUUGCUGUCCUGUGUUCUUUAAAGAAACCUGCUACAGACAGCAGAUGGCAGACUUGCUCCAUCAUGGGAACUUCAACUGAUGCAUAGUUGAUAUGUCAAAUAUCAUAUUUCCCAACUUUGGAAAAACUUACCCAUUGUUGAAGGAGGAUUGACCUACAGCUGUCCCACAAAAACGGGGAAAAAACCCCAGUGAGAUCAACAGAGAUUUAAGAGAAAUGACGGGUAAGUGACGACAGAGAUGUGUAUGUAGUUUGUCCUCUGCCGCUAGUCCUCUUCGUUAGAUUAAUUUCCUCUUAGAAGACAAAGCUCUGCUCGCCAGAGACAUUUGAUUUUGUAAACCCGCAGGAUCUGUUGAGUGUUUAGGUUUCUGUGUGCGUUGCUUCGUGUGGAUGUGUACGUUGGACUUAAUCUAAAACAGGUCUCUGUCAUUAGUCCAGCUAAGGCCCUGGCACAAAGGGAGCUCGUUAUUCAUACUGUAACAUUAUUUACUGUUGCACUGCGAUGCCUUCCAUCCCUCCCUGGCUCUGGAGUUUUCCAGGGCCCUGGGGCAUCAGCUCAGCUCCCCUCCCAAAGGCUUUUAUGGCAGGUCUCUAAUGAUUUGGGGUCAUUUUCUAAAGCUAAGUUUGAGUGCCAGGAGGCAGUCAAGUGCAGAGGAAAAGGUGAUAUUGUUUAUCGUAGAGAGGCCUUUCUUCUCUUAUUUAGUUUGGAAACUACAGCACAACCCGACUGUUAUAGUAAUAUGAUCUGGGUGUAUAUUCUGUUAAAUAUUUGGUUAUAAGAUUUGGCGUUGGGUCUAAGACUUGUGCCGGUUUUUAAAUUCUAACCGUGAGGUCCUCCGUGUUCUUCGCUCACAAGCACCACAUGCUGUGUGGUAAAUACUGAAACCAUCACUCAAGGUUUGGUGUAAAGCUCUUCAGAUGUCAUGUUGGCAUUUUCCUGCAAUAAAAGCUGUUACAGACACGCCGUCCUCGGAUGUCUUUGUGGAGUUUCUACUCACUGCCAGGGAUUUCAGGAUCCCUUGUGAUCAUUGUAACAUUUAGGUGUGAUGCAGGUUUAAUGACUCUGGUCCUCGCUGAUCUCUACAGUAGCCCUGUUGUUUCUCUCUCUCUUCCCAGUCUCACAGUCCGGGUAUCUGUUUCCUCUUGAAACUGCUGCUAGUUGCGGCUUCACUUUCCACGUUUAACCACUGGUGUGGUAUCAAUCUUCUUUCGGCAUUAAAGCGAUGAACACAUUUUCCAAAACAUCAGACGCUUCUGUAGUAAUUGCUAUGUUGACAUAUAGAAGAGCCCCUAAAUCCAUCGCAUUGGAAAAUCUUAUUCUCCGAGUAGAAUCGGUUGUGUCAUCUUGUGGUAUUGUCAGUGUUUCUCAGUUCUCAAAUCACACACUAUCAAUUUCCUU